AUGACCCAGAGCGCCCACAACUACGAAGGGCACCUUUCCCCCGAUCCCUACGCAUUGGAGACACCGGAUGGCCGCAUCGCACACACCUUGACGGCCUGCACGAGGUGUCGAAAGCGGAAAUCAAGAUGUGAUCCGGGGAUUCCUCGCUGCGCGCCCUGCGAACGAAGCAAUGCGAGAUGCGUGUACUACGACACGGCUCGCGCCCAGACGGUCUCGCGCACACAUAUCGUUUCCUUACGAGAAAAGGCCCGUGCUCUUGAAAAAGAGCUGGCCAAAGCGGAGCAAGAGAUUCAACACACGGCCGAUGCUGAGUUGAUGGUGCGGGGUGCGGGCCGCAUCCGCUUCUCCGAUAACGACGAGCCUCGAUACUUGGGCGCCUCGAGUGGGAUCGCCAUGAGUCGUCUGGUCAUGGAAAUCGCCAAGCAGAAUACAGACUCGAAAAGCAUCAAGGAUGUCGUUCCGGAAUUGACCGCCCAAGAGAUCAGAGCGGCCUUUGCGCAGGAGGACACAAAGCCCACCUCCAAGGUCUAUCCGAUGAUCAGCUCGAUCCCGUCGGAUAGCCUGCCCCCGCGAAACUUGACGGAGAGACUCAUCGAUCUCUUCGUGGUCAAAGGCCGGGAAAACUCCCCUGCCCCCGCGCGGACUCUUUGGCUGACAUCUCCUCCCGCGCACUCCCUAGCCCAGGCACUGCUCCCGACGCUACACAUCCCGAGCUUCCGUCGAGAGGCCGAAGAGGUGUUUGAUGGAUCCAACGAUCCAUGCCAUAAUUUCCAAUUACGAAUGGUGAUUGCCAUCAGCAUGCAGAAACUGAGUCCUGACUACGCCGGCUUGGCGGACAGCUUCUACCUGGCCGCGCUUCCCUUUUUGGAGCCAACCCUGAAGCGGAUGGACUUGCGGGCACUGCAAUGCCUCGUCUUGAUCGCCCAGUACUCCAUGCUAACUCCAACGAGGACUGCCUCAUAUUGGGUGGUCGGCACGGCUAUGCGGAUGUGCCAGGACUUGGGCUUCUGCGAAGAAGCGACCAUCACCCAGUCGUCUGAUGGAAAGCCGCUGAACCCCUUGGAGCUGGAUAUGCGUCGAAGGCUCUUCUGGAUCGUCUCCUCCAUGGAAUUCGGUCUGUCACACAGUCUGGGCCGGACGAGUGCCUGGAGUGUGACGCAUGAUAACGUCAAUGUCCAUUUCUUUGAAUUGGUGGACGAUCGCUACAUUACCGCAGACGGCAUCAACCCCCACGCCAAGCCUGUCCUGGCGAAGUGUAUCGCGAUCCACUUUUUCAAGAUGCGCAUUCUCCAACUGGAGGUGCGACGGAUGCUGUACUUGAACCGACGAGAGACGCCAACGCACGACCAGGACCCUUGGUUUCACCACAUGCUCGCGAAAGUGGAUGAGUGGGUAGACAACUGCCCCAAGAAUGACGACGGCUCAGGCUUGAAUGUGAAGUGGUUCCAAGGUCGAAGGAACACCAUGGUCAUCCUCAUGCAUCGUCCAACUCCUCAGAUUCCCGAGCCCUCGGUCCACGCUGCGCAGAUCUGCUAUGACGCAGCCACCUUUAACAUCGCGAUGCAUCACGAACAAACCCUCACGGGGUCGGUAGACCUUACCUGGAUCUUCACCCAGUCUCUGUUCAUGGUAUUCAACAUUGUGCUCUGGACCCUGUCCUAUCCAGAGAUCCGCAAGGAGCAUCCCAUUGAUGAGGUCCAGUCCUACCUGGACAUGGCGCUGGAAGUGAUUGUCCACGCGGCAGAGCGCUGGCCUGGCGUGCAGUCGGCCUUGAUCCUCUACAAACGUCUAGUGGAGGCCUGCCUCAAGGCCUAUUCUACCGAGGAAUCGUUUGUGGUUCACUCCCCAUCCAAUCAUCCCACCCCAACUUCGUCGCAAGAGGUGGCCACCCCACCGGCCAUGUCGAGCCCAUCGACAAGUACAACGGCAUCUCUCUACUCGCACACGCACCGCGCAGCAUCCCGGUCCAUUGGAGAUUGCGCAUCGGCGGGGACUUUCUCCAGAGGCCCUUCGGCGGAUCCGCCGGGUCCGUACUGCAGUGCGGCUCAGAACUAUACCCCUCCCGCCUUUGCUGCGCACGCGGCCGAGUCGAGUCAACAAUCGCCCGCUACACCGACCUACGACGUCCAGUCUGCCAUUGCCGCGACGGGUGCAGAUCCGCAGCAGUCCACUCCCACCUACUGUCCCACCUCGGGACCUUUCUCGGACCUCUCCGUGGACCCGAACACGCCCUACAACGCGAUCCCCUCUGUGGUUCCGGGAUUGCAAGGCUGGGAUCCCAACUUCUCGUUGGCUUCCACCACGGCGAGCCACCUGGCCUACGUCGAUGCCACGGUCGAUCCCAUGCAGUGGACCUUCUCCAUCGGAGACCAAUACUCCAACUAUUUCAACGAGCCAUUCCCCACGCCAUCGUGGAGGGAACGGACACUGAGCCAGCAGGAGCAGAUUGAGCUCAUGGCCUCCUUGGAAUUCAAUAUUCCUGACGUCUCUGCCCAGCUCGGGCAUGAAUCGAAUGCCUUUUACCAAUCGUAG